AUGUCGGCGUGGUACUCCAACAUCCUCACGACGACAACGUCGCGCAUCAACAACCUACAACGAACAUUCCUUGGCGGUGAGACGGACGGAGACACCGAAGAUGACACACACGUCUGCCGCGUGUUGAGGCAGUAUUACACAGAAAAGGGCCGACCGUUUCCAGGCUGGCUGCCACCUGAUCCGAAGGCACCACCACCUGUCCAGCCUGUGCUUGCUCAGCCCGGCCAGCAGCAAGGGGGCGGUAGCUUGAGCUCUCUCUGGGAUAGCAACCCCGUCUCCCAACCCCAAGACGCCCAGAGCCUGCGAAGAGGCAGAGGCGCGCCGCCGCCCAUACGACAAUCGGACCCGAGACUAAACCCAUUCGGCCGCAACUCAGAUCCUAUGGGCGGCGGACGAGAGGACGUGCAGGCUCGGCCAUUGCCCAGUCAACGAGCGGGCAGCUAUCAGACCACUGGGGUGCAUGGGAGGGAUAACCAGACUCCACCAGGUAGUUCUGCUGGUGGUGGUUCAGCUCAGGAUCGGCUCCGUCAAAGACUCUGGGGAGGCUCUAGAACGGCAAGCCCAUCGUCUAGCAGUCCGUUCAACCCCCCUGCGCAACAGAGUAACUUGACAGGCGGAGGCGGAGGUGGAGACUACGAAGACCGGUUUGCCCCCGGGGGCCUGUAUGACUCCAACAACCGGGGUGGGAAUGAUCGUCCGUUCAUGGCCGCGAACUCGCCUUGGGCCAGUAGUGAGCAAGACUACUCGGGAGGAGCAGGUGGUGGAAGAUCAGCCGGUGGGUCAGCCGGUGGUCCUAGGAGGGGAUUACCAAGCGGGCCACGUAUGAGAUGA